AUGGGGCAGUGCGGCAGCGAGCCAUCGAAGCCCGCCCCGAAGUGGAGGUGCAACCGUCCCUUGGUGUUGAAGAACGUGUAUUUCGCGCCACAGGUCGGGAUGAAACUGAUCAGUGUGCCGAAGCUGCUACGCGACCGAUACUCGGUGGUGGCACAUCCACGGAAUGCCUUUGUGCAACGCCGAGGACGAACUGUGGGGACUGCCUACCAUGCGGUGGAGGAUCUUCGCGACAUUAUGAAUCUGUAG